CGUGGCGCGCUUUUUGUAGUCAGAUCGCGGCAGCCACGGCUCCAAACGGCAAGUGCAGAGAAUUUUAACGUGCUUCUGAAGAACGAAAAGCUCCUCCAAGAUGCGAUUGCUCGUCAUUCAGGCGGUUUUAAUCAUUGCCGGGAUUUUUCUUAUCUGUAUACAAGAAACAGUGGGACACAAAGAUCAUAAUAAAAUUAGACAUAAGAAACAUAUGAAACAUAAAGAUAACACUAAUGUAUGCGAUACAAACAACGGAGGAUGUGAGCAAAUAUGCAUAAACAUUCCGGGAGCUAGAAAAUGUACCUGCAAACCUGGCUUUAGAUUAGACAAAGACGGAAAAUCUUGUAGAGAUAUUAAUGAAUGUCGUGUGAGAAAUGGACGUGGACCAUGUCAAGAUAUUUGUCACAAUACACAUGGCUCUUACAGAUGUAGCUGUAAGUCUAAUGGAACUAAGCUUACUUUUGACGGACAUACAUGUGCUCAUAUUAAUGAAUGUACUGAAGAAGCAGCUGGAUGUUCCCAUCACUGUAUUAAUGUCCACGGAAAAGUUUUUUGUACUUGUCCGGAAGGCAUGGAAUUGCAAGAAGACUGGAAGACUUGCAAAGAUAUUGACGAAUGUGCAAAUCCAAUCAUUAGAUCUUCUUGCCAGCACAAAUGCGUUAAUAUCAUAGGAUCGUACUACUGUUUAAAUCGAAAUAAAAAUAUAAACUAUCAAUCUGAUCAACCAAUUGAAGAUAACGAUACCAUUAGCAAAGAAGAAUAUGAAGAGUACGACGUAGAAUAUGAAGAUGGCGAAGAAUAUGAAGAUGAAGAAAAGAGUGAACCUACUGAAAACGCCAAAUCGACUGAAACAGUUACAGAAAAUAUAAAAGAAAAUGUAACAGAGGAUAAAGAACCUAAGAAAGAUGAAACAAUGGUUGUAGUAAAAGAUACUGAGAAACAUGACAAAAUUAAAGAUAUUUUAGCAGCAAAAAAAGCAAAAAUAGCAAAAGAAUAUGAUGAAUAUGAAGAAGAGUACGAUGAGGAUUUUGAUGAAAAUACCAAGAAAACGUCAUCUACUCCUAAGCCAGAGCUCGCGACGACAUCACAGUCACCUACUCCUACAGAAUCGACAACAUUUGAAGAUACAGAAAAAGAAGAAACUCAUAAAGAGGAAACUAUUGUUGAAACAGACGAUGUCAAUGAAGAGAAAAUAAUAAUUGAACCUGAAGAAAUAGAAGCCAAUAAAAGUGAAGGACCAAUUGGCAAUCAAAAAGAAGACUACGAUGAUGAAUAUGAAGAAGAAUACGAAGAAGAGUAUGAAGAAGAAAAUAAUGAAAAUGAAGAACAUGAACCUUCCCCACAGGUGACUAAAGCAUCGGCAGAAGAUAUUCAACAAGUAGAAAAUACAAAUAAUUUUACUUCAACAACAGAGGUGACCAUUGGUAGAAGAGUCGAUAUUAUUGAUGAUAAAGAUCAAACUACUGAAACUAUAUCUACAGUGCCAUCUGAAACUACAACGAAAACAACAACAUUGGUUCCAGCUACCGAAUUAAAAGUUGAAAAUAGUAAAGAAGACGAAUUUGGUGAAGAAUACAAAGAGACAAGUCAUUCCAAUAAAAAAGCACCUUUAUCUGAAGAAACUAAAGAAGAUGGACAAGAUCCCAUUGGCGAGGAAACUUCAAUUGAUAAAACAGAAGAUGAAGAAACCGAAGAUGACUACGAUGAAGAUUAUGAUGAAGUAGAAUUAAGAAAAACAACUGCCACGGAGACCACAACUGAACAAAAAACAUGUAAAAAGGGAUUUAGAUUAACAGAAGGAGAAUGUAUAGAUAUCGACGAGUGUGAAACUGGAGAUAACACAUGUUCUUACUCCUGUAAUAACUUAGUUGGAAGUUAUGAAUGUACCUGCCCUAAAGGUUAUGAGGUGACUGACGAAAAUAAAUCCACAUGCGUAGAUGUAGAUGAAUGUUUGGCCCAUCCAUGUUCACAUAAAUGUGUUAAUACUGCAGGAAGUUUUGAAUGCAGUUGUCCCGAAAAAUUAUUACUUAUAAACUCAACUCAUUGCUCUGAGAUGGAAUGUUCCCAUGAUGUUACUAAAAUUAAUGGAGUCGUACAAUGUACAUGUUCUUCAGGAUUCAUACUAGGGUCGGAUGGAAAAACUUGUAAUGAUAUUGACGAAUGUCUUGGAGAAAAUUAUUGCUCCCAUUCAUGUGAAAAUAUUAUCGGGUCGUAUCGAUGCAGUUGUCCAUCAGGUUACGAACUGGAUAAAAGUGAGCACCAUUGCAUUGAUAUCGAUGAAUGUAAAGAUAAUUCUUCUUGUCCAUUAACUUGCGAAAAUACACCAGGUAGUUUUCGAUGCAUUUGUGAACAAGGUUUUAACUAUGAUGAAGAUUCCAAAAAGUGCAUCGACAUCAACGAGUGCGACAAAACCCUUAACUUGCAUAAUUGUGAUCAAUACUGCCUUAAUUAUGAAGGGGGAUACGAAUGCGCCUGCAAUUUAGGAUACACUUUAUUAGAUGAUGAUACGACCUGUGAAGAUGUAAAUGAAUGUAGUAAAAAGAAUGGGCAUUGUAGUCAUAUUUGCACAAAUUUGCCUGGGACAUAUGAGUGUAGUUGUAAAGAAUCUUAUAAAUUGGAUAGUGAUAACAAAACCUGUAUAGAAAUUGAUCCAUGCGAGGCAAAUAACGGAGGUUGUUCGCAUGAAUGCGUUAACGAAGAAGGCAAUGCUGUAUGUAAGUGCCCAGAAGGUCAAGUUUUAGAAGAUAAAGUCUGCUUUAAAGUAGACCCAUGUGUUAAGAAGAAUGGAGGUUGCUCCCACAUUUGUUACAAUUCGAAUGGAACACCCGCCUGCAAAUGCCCAGAAGGUUACAUACUAGAAAAUGGUACCGACUGUUCAGAAAUCAAUAAAUGCCUAGUCAACAACGGUAACUGUUCCCAUUUUUGCGAGUACAUAGAUCAUGAGGUAAAAUGUUCUUGUCCGGAGCAGUACAUCUUGGUCGAUUCUACCGAUUGCAAGGAACAAAAUCCUUGCGAGCUUAAUAACGGGGGUUGUUCUCAUACUUGCACUUUUGCGAACCAUAAAGUAAUAUGUUCUUGUCCUGAUGGUCAUGGCCUCCACAAUGAAACACACUGUCUAGGGAACCCUUGUCACGAUGAUAAUGGUGGAUGUUCCCACACUUGCAAUUUUUCCGAAGGUGAAAUGAGCUGUAGCUGCCCAGAUAAUUAUUACUUGGAAGGUAAAAAAUGUUAUAAAAAAGAUCCGUGUCUGGUAAAUAACGGAGGAUGUUCACAUGAAUGCUUAUCCGAUGAAGACGGCAAUAUUGAAUGCAGUUGUCCGGAAAACCAUAAAUUAAGUGAUUUUAAAAAUUGUAUCUUAAAGGAUCCAUGUGAAGAAAACAAUGGCGGUUGUAGUCACACAUGCGCUUUAUCAAAUAAUAUCGUGGUUUGCUCAUGUCCUACGGGUUACAGUCUUAGUAACACAGGGAAAAAUUGUAACAAAAUAGGCGCAUGUUACGUGGAAAACGGAGGAUGCAGUAACUACUGUGAAGAUGUGCUAGGAAAAGCUGUUUGUUCUUGUCCGGAAAACUUUAUUUUAGAAGAGGACAAUCGAACCUGUAUUGCAGAAGAUGCAUGUUCUAAAGAAAACGGAGGAUGUUCGCAUUAUUGCAAAAACGAAAAUAAUGCAGCCAAAUGUUAUUGUCCUGACCACUUUGAUUUGAUCAAUGAAAAGAAUUGUGUACGAAUAAACCCCUGUUUAAUCAACAACGGAGGAUGCUCUCACGAUUGCGAAUUUGAUGCUGAAGGUGUGAAAUGUUACUGCCCUAGUGGAUACAAACUAGAAGAAAAGAACUGCAUAAUAAUUAAUCCUUGCGAUGACAAUAAUGGAGGAUGUUCACAUUCUUGUACAGCCAUUAAUGGACAGGUUUUAUGUCAGUGUCCUCCAGAUCAUGACCUUAUCGAUAAAACCUGUUUCAAGAAAGAUCCGUGCGCUUUUAACAAUGGAGGAUGUUCUCAUGGAUGCACGGUUGACAAUGGAGAAGCCAAAUGUCUUUGUCCUCCUGGAUAUAAACUGUUUGAUAAAAAAUGUUUAGACCAAGAUCCAUGCGAGAAGAAUAAUGGAGAAUGUUCUCAUUAUUGUAACAACGUUGAUGGUGUUAAAGAGUGUAGCUGUCCUUCUGGUUAUAUCCUGCGCCCCAACAAGAGAGUGUGUAAGGAGAUUAACGAAUGCAAGCAAAAUCGUGGAGGCUGUUCACACGGAUGUCAAAAUACUCCAGGAUCGUAUCAGUGCCUGUGCCCACGAGGUUUUGGAUUGGGAAGCGACAACCGUACGUGUGAGGACAUCGAUGAAUGUCAAGUCAAUAAUGGCGGAUGUGAAGUAACAUGCAAAAAUUAUAAAGGUAGUUUUCGGUGCGAUUGUCAACCCGGAUACGUUUUACAAAGUGACAGGAAGACAUGCAAACGAGGAGAGGUGUACCAGUGUCGUAUACCGGCAGCGCCAGAAAACGGAGUUAUGAGAUGUCCAGGAUAUCGAUCUGACUACGGUGAAGCGGUACCGGCAAGUACUAAAUGUAAUGUAUGGUGCAAGGAUGGAUUUUCUCUCAGAGGAAAUUGGCAAAGGAGUUGUAACGAGGCAGGCCAAUGGGAAAAUUUAGAAGCACAAUGUGUCCCCGCGGUACCAAACUACUGUCCUAGAUUACCCAGUUUUAACACCGGAUGGUUCGUGCCUGGUAUUUGCAAUACCGGCAAGAUAUACCCAGGGGAGACGUGCUCUAUCCAAUGUAGACUUGGUUAUAGACUAUUGCAAAACAUAGAAUCGAUAAUCUGCAGAGAAGAUCUAAGUUGGUCUAGAGAACUGCCAGUAGACGUACUAGAGAAAUUGUGUGUCAGAGAAACUAUUGAUGUGUCCAUUACUUGCCCACAUAAUGGUCAUGUUCAAUUUACACUGCCACCUGGACAAAAGAGCAUGAGUGUUUAUUUUCCACGGCCAGAAACUAACGUUGAUUUUGAAAGGUACGUUACCUCAGAGCCAGCAUGGGCAAAACAUCUCCAAAACACAUUGCCAGCUGGCAGUACAGAAAUUAUAUUUACUGCAUCGUAUUUGAAUCGUACUGCAUCAUGUGCCCUUGUUGUCGAGGUUCAAGACAAAGAAAGUCCGAGAGUUCAAAAUUGUCCCGAAAAUAUCGAAAGGUCUUUGGAAAGUGGACAGACUAGUCAAAUGGUUCAUUGGAGAGAACCACAAUUUGAUGAUAAUGUAGAAAUAGCUCAUGUUUAUAAGUCAAGGGUACCUGGAACAGAGUUCGUAACCGGUCUCCAUCAUGUUAAUUAUAUUGCUACAGACACAGCUGGUAAUAGAGCAUUUUGUCAUUUCACCAUUACUGUUAAAGAAAACGAUUUAGAAGUCAGGAACUCGCUGCAUUCACAUCAAAUUGAAAACUAUGUAAGGAGGAAACCAGAAUCCGGAUCAUAUUAUAAGGCAGUUUUAGUAUGCCCCAGCGGUGCUCAAUAUGAUAGCCUAAUAAUAAGAAAACCUGAACCCGGCUGCAGAUGGAAACAUAUCAAAGUGGAUAGGCCCGAAGAACAGAAGCAGGCGUCUUCGAUGUUGAACUACAACCGAAUAAUUCCUCCGCGGCUACGAAACCACGUCAAUUCCUUCGCACGUCGAAUUUCAGAAUUGCACAACCAGGUGACAGCACCGCCGAGAAUUUUCUCUGAAAGUCGCUUGCCACCUCAUUUGAGAAGCCACAGAAGAAGAGAAUUCUUUAAAUGGAAUAGAAAAUAAAUUAGGAUUUAGAAAACGUAUCUAAUCGUUACCAUCUACAGAAUGAGAAGGCCAAACUGCUAUGACUAUUAAAUCUGUGCAUGGUAAUAUGUCCAGUAUGUAAACAGUUCCUUUCAUUGACUUCUGUCGUUGACGUCAAUCGUAAACCGUGAGGCCUUCUCUUUCUCUCGAUGACAACUAUUUAAUAAAUUUAGGUAACCUUGGAAAAUGCCAUAAUUUGUUUGGAAAUAUUAACUUAAUGUCUCUAAUGCAUUAAACAGAUAUUGGUACCUACUCACAUGUAAUUUUCGAAAUAUUUUUUAAUUAAAGAAGUGAUAAUAAAAUUA